AAACUCGGUAAAAUCAUCCACACCCAGUUGAUUGUAUCUAAUCGGUUUAAUGAAGUGAACUUAAUUGAAACUAAUUGUCUUAUCAAUUUUUAUGCUAAAUGUGGUGAGGUUUCAGUAGCGCGUAAGUUGUUCGAUCAAAUGCCUCCUGAAAGAAAUGUAGUUUCUUUAAAUGCUUUAAUGACUGGUUAUUUGCAUAAAGAACUUCCUUUAGAGGUUUUGGAAUUGUUUAAAAGUAUGGAUACAUGGGAGUUACAGCCGAAUGAAUAUAUAUUUGCUACAGUUCUUGCGUCGUGUUCUGAUGUUAGAGCAUUGGAUGAAGGUAAACAAUUUCAUGGUCACGUUUUGAAAGCUGGAUUAGUUUUUCAUCUGUACGUGAAAAAUGCUCUUAUUGAUAUGUAUUCAAGGUGCUCUGAUAUUGAAGGGGCAGUGAGGGUUCUUAAGACGGUUCCUGGAUUCGAUACUCUUUCGUAUAAUUCUAUCAUUAGUGGGAUUUUAGAAAAUGGGCCUUUGAAUGAGGGAUUGGAAGUUUUGAGAGAAAUGGUGGAUGGGUAUUUGGUUCUGGAUGGUUUCACUUAUGUUACUGUCCUUGGACUUUGUGCCGGUUUGAAAGAUUUGAAGUUGGGCAUGCAAAUUCAUAGUCAAAUCUUGAUGAGGGAAGUAGAAAUUGAUGGCUUCGUUGGUAGCUCCCUUAUAGACAUGUAUGGGAGAUGCGGUAAGCUUUUGUAUGCAAAAAGUAUUUUUUGUGGCUUGAAGAAACGGAAUGUGGUACAUUGGACGUCAAUGAUGGCAGCUUAUGCUCAUAAUGGGCAUUUCGAGGAUGCAUUGAUUUUAUUUCAAAAAAUGGAACUUGCAGGCGUUCUGCCUAAUGAAUACACAUUUGCUGUUAUGUUGAAUUCCUGUGCUGGGUUGUCUGCUUUAAGGAGUGGAGAUUUGUUUCAUUCCCGCGCAGAAAAGUGUGGAUUUAAGGCUCAUUUAAUUGUUGGGAAUGCUCUAAUCAACAUGUAUUCGAAGAGUGGUAGUAUUGAAGAUGCUCAGCGAGUUUUCCUGGAAAUGGGUAACCGAAACAAUGUAACAUGGAAUUCAAUGAUAUCUGGGUAUGCUCAUCAUGGACUCGGCAGGCAAGCUCUUGUUGUAUUUCAACAAAAGGUAACAUCUUUUUAUGUCCCCGACUACAUAACUUUUGUUGGAGUACUAUCAGCUUGUGGUCAUUUGGGUCUUGUGGAUGAAGGUUUCUAUUAUUUGAACACUUUAAUGGGUAAAUAUAGAGUCGCGCCUGGGGUUGAACACUAUACUUGCAUAAUUAGACUUCUCGGAAGAGCGGGGUUACUUGAUGAAGCUGAGAAGUUCAUGAAAUCUACCCCUGUCCAGUGGGAUGUGGUUGCUUGGCGUACUUUGCUCAGCGCUUGCCACAUUCACCAAAAUAUUGGUUUAGGGAAGAGAAUUGCAGAUAUAUUACUAGGGUCAGAUUCCAAUGAUGUUGCAACUUACAUUCUUUUAUGUAAUAUGUAUGCCAAGGCAAAACGGUGGGAUGAAGUUGUACAUAUUAAAAAGCUGCUAAGAGGAAGAGGGAUAAAGAAAGAACCUGGGAUUAGCUGGAUACAGGUAAAGAAUAAAACCCAUGUUUUUGUUUCUGAGGACAAGCAGCAUUUGGAGUCCAAAAAGAUUCAUCAGAAAGUAGACGAACUGAUAUCUCAGAUAAAAAUGUUGGGCUACGUGCCUGACAUUGGUACUGUGCUUCAUGAUGUUGGAGAUGAACAAAAGGAAGAGCAUCUUAGUUACCACAGUGAGAAGCUGGCUGUAGCUUUUGCUGUAAUAAAAACACCCUCACGAGCACCAAUCCAUGUGAUUAAGAAUCUUAGGAUGUGCGAUGAUUGUCAUACUGCAGUCAAACUUAUUGCACAGGUCACUGAAAGGAAGAUAGUUGUAAGAGAUGCAAACAGGUUCCAUUGUUUUGAAAGGGGAAUUUGUUCCUGUGGGGAUUACUGGUGACAACUCAAGAAUAGCAGAG